AUGGCUCAGCAACAGCAAGGAGAGAGGUCGAUGCAGGCCAGGACGGGCAGGGACAAGCAGAGAUAUGGACCCAAUGGCGAACGACUCGUCGCGGGCGUCGUCCCUCUCAACUCAGACCGCAGUCAGGUCCUCCUCAUUCAAAGCUCCGGACGGAAAGGAUGGGUCCUUCCCAAAGGCGGCUGGGAGACCGACGAGAAGACCCAAGCAGAAGCCGCGUGUCGAGAAGCCUGGGAGGAAGCCGGCAUCGAAUGCAAAGUAGAAAAGGAUCUGGGGACGAUUGACGAGAAGCGGUCCGAAUCUCAAAUCCGAAAGUACGGCAUCCUGGCCCCAAGAGCAAGCUAUCGUUUUUACGAAGUCAAGGUCCGAGUGGAGAGGGACAAUUGGCCAGAGAAGCACAAGAGAGAUCGCAAGUGGAUGACUUACCGCACGGCUAAGGAUCUGUUACAAGAUCGUCCAGAGCUGCUCGAGGCGUUGGAGAGAAGCAGCAUCAGGCGAUAG